AGCGAAUCAGGCGUGUGUACAAAGCCCGUGAGCGCACGAGCUCCAGCGCCGAGCUGAACAGAAUCAAGCAUGGACCUGGUACUGAAUUUUGCCGACUCUCAUUUCUUCACCCCGUACGUGUACCCGACGUCCUGGCCUGAAGACGAGCCUCUCCGACAGAUCAUCGGGCUGCUGGUGGUCACCAACCUUGGCGCCGCAAUUCUGUAUCUUGGCCUGGGAGCUUUAAGCUACUACUUCAUCUUUGACCACAGUUUAAUGAAACACCCUCAGUUUUUAGAGAACCAGGUGAGACGUGAAAUAAAGUAUGCUCUGACAUCUUUGCCGUGGAUCAGCAUCCCCACAGUUGCACUGUUCUUUGCUGAAGUUCGAGGCUACAGCAAGCUCUACGACAAUGUUAGUGAAUCUCCACUGGGUUGGCCAGGAUUGAUCUUCAGCAUGUUUUCCUUCCUCUUUUUCACCGAUAUGUGCAUCUACUGGAUUCACAGAUUUCUUCAUCACAAACUGAUCUAUAAGCGUUUCCACAAACCACACCACAUCUGGAAGAUCACGACUCCGUUUGCCAGCCACGCUUUCCACCCAGUAGACGGCUUUCUUCAGGGAAUGCCCUACCACAUCUACCCUUUCCUCUUCCCCCUGCACAAAGUCCUCUACCUGGGCCUCUAUGUGUUUGUCAACGUAUGGACCAUCUCCAUUCACGAUGGAGACUACCGGGUUCCUCGGAUGCUGGAGAAAUUCAUCAACGGAGCUGCACACCAUACUGAUCACCAUCUGUUUUUUGACUAUAACUACGGUCAGUAUUUCACGCUGUGGGAUCGCCUCGGAGGCUCGUACAGACCUCCGUCAGCUCUGAUGGGGAACGGGCCACUUGACUGUGUCAGGAACCUGAAGAGUUCGUUAAGGAAGCAUGCUAUUGAGAAAGAAGAGUAGCUCGGCUGCAUUUUAGCAUUGUUCUUUUAUAAAAAUAUCCUUUUACUGAAAAGUCUUCAGUAUUUAAAGGGUCUGUCUCUUUUUCAUCAAAGAUAUGUGCUGGUAAUCAUUUUGCGUAGGUUCUACUUUUUCCAAACAUUUUUGCCACCCUUUAACAGAAUCUCUGGACUGCAUGCGAACUUCGAAAAGAUUUUGAUUAAAACUGGCACUGGGUGUGAUAUUACAGUACUACAUGAAUUUGGUAUCAUAAAAAAAAAGUCUGUAAACCAAAGGAUUUGCCUUUAACUGAUACUGAAAUUAAUCAAAAUAAAAUUAAACUAUUAUAUUUUUCAUUACAAACCUUUUUAUGUUCCUCAGACCGAUUCAGUUUUAUUAAACUAUGGUUCUAUAUAAAGCCUUUAGCUUGAAAAGCAGGAGACACAGUAACAUUGAAUACAGGAGCCUUUAAUGAAUUCCACUAUUUUUAGUAACUUGCCAAUGAUAUGCUUUUAAAAAAUACAGCAUUGAGGAUAAGAACUAAAGUGAAUUCUUGCCAAUGUCCUUUGAACUGCAUUAAAAAAAACUUGUCUUUGUAAGAGAAACUGUGAAAUUUACACAGUUUACUUUAAUUCAUCAUUAUGAAUCAUUAUGGUGUAAUAAUUAAUUAAGGCACCUUUUUAGCUGCUAGUUUUGCUUUGUGCAAUCUGCAAUCAUUACAUGCACUUUAUUGCUAAAUGUAUAAUCACAUUUUUCCCAAAUGGUUGGAAGCAUCCAGUUGUAUAGAAUGUCUUUGGAUGCUGCAGCAUGAAGAUUUCCCUUUACCCGAGCUAAGCGACUUCACAUAGUUCCAUCAUGACUAUCAAGCCUCAUAAGGACAUGGUUUGUUCAGAUUGGCGUGGAGAGAACUUGAGAGUCCUGCACAGAGCCCUGACCUAAACUGCACUGAUAAUCUUUGAAAUGAACUGGAUUGCCGACUGCGUCUCAGACUUCCUCGCCCUGACAUUCACAGCUGACCUCACUGAUGCUUUUGAGGCUAAAUGGACACGAUUCCCCACAGCUCCAAAAUCAAAAGCCUUCCCACAAGAUUGAAGGUUAUUAAAACAGCAAAGAGAGACUAAAACCAGAAUAAGGUAUUUAUGAAAGCAUGUAUGAGCAUUAUGUUCAGGUGAGGGCGAACCUUUGGCCAUGUAGUAGUUUCAUAAAAUAACAGGAAAGAGAUCAUAUAAAUUGAAUUGUAAGUGAUAUUAACCAAAUACAUUUGGAAGUCUAAGUCUUAAGAUAUUUAAAACCUCAUUACAGUUGGAGGUGUGUGUGAUUAUUUAGGUAAAAGGAUUUUAAACUAGUAGCUAAGCUACUGUUGGUGGCACGGUGGCUUAGUGUUUAGCACUUUGCACCACCAGGUUCUGGGUUCUAUUCCUGCGUCAGGUCUGUGUGCAUGGAGUCGGUUUGUUCUCCCCAUGCUCAUUGGGUUUCCUCCAGGUUCUCUGGUU